ACUACGGAAGUCUCCGUGUUGUUGUUACUCUCCGUUAGCAUCGUUAGCAUCAUUAGCACCGUGAGAACAUGUCCCGGGUCCAGAAGAUCCGGGUCUUCGUCACUCAGCGGCUCAACGCGGCGCUCGAGGACAUUUUGGGAGUUUUGGAGAAAACGAUCGUUCAGUACGAAGAAGAAGCGGCUCUGAGUCGCGAGGUGAUCUCGCGCCAGCACGCGCUGCUCUGCGCGCUCCACAAACCGCUGAUGGAGCUUCCGUCCGCAGACGCGUUCACACAGCAGCUGAUGAAGAACCAGGAGGUUCCCCCUGAACACCAGGACCAGGAGGGAAAGCAGCUUCUCGACCUGGACGAGGCCGACAUCAUCCAGUUCACCUUCAGUUCUGGGGGUGCAGCAAGGUCCGAUGAGGACCUGGACCUAUCAGCUGCUAGGACUGCCCGGUUAAAACCAGGAGCCUGUGGUCCAGAUCAGGAGGUCCACUUGGUCUCUUCUGAGACCGAAGACAGCGAGGACUACAGUAAAGACUCCACCGACACCAGGUCUGCUCCAGACCAGCAGAAACCAAAGAUUACCCGGAGACCAGCAGGACCCUCCUCCUGCAGGGUCUGCAGCCGGACCUUCAAGACCCGCCGGUUCCUGAUCCACCACCUCAGAGCUCACCUGAAGGACUCAGAGUCCGUCUGUGGUCUUUGUGGUGAACGGUUUGAAUCCACACAGAGUCUGAAGAUCCACAUCCAGACUCACCGGACCCCUCAGAGGAGGAUGGGGGAGCUGGAGAACCAGACCGGACCAGGACUGGGACCAGGUCCCAGCAGCCAGAAGAACCUCAGUGUGAAGAAGAAGAGUCUGAGGUGCGAGUCUGGUGAGGAGAGACGACGCUCACAGAAGAAGAAGAAGAAGACGUGAUGUCACUGAGACGUGAUGUUGUUUAUUGUUUCCAUGGUAACGUCUGAUGGUUUGUUUCUGAAUUCUAAUAAAAACAUUUUCUACAAACAAACAAA